AUGUUGUCCUCCUACAACUGUGGUGAGCUCAGGGUUGGGCAGAGAAGCUUGGAAGGGCCAGCCAAUGGAUGUGUGAACUUGAAUUGGAACCUCCCAUCCAACUCCUUGUGUUCAAUGAGGAGGUUGGUCUUGCAAAACUUGAUGUCCAUCCAUCCUGCUGGAGUAGACCUUCUCUUGUCCAAAUGGACUCCAGCUGCACAAGGAUUGAUGAUGGGCUUGAUUCCCAUGUCAAGGAGCUUCACUUCUCCUUCAUUGAUUGUCCCAGUGCCUUCCUUGCAAAGAAGGUGUUGGCAAGGCCUUGUGCACAUAUCUCAGCACUGGGCUCCUGAUCUGAGCAGCCUUGACCUUGAGGAAGAGUAA